AUGGAGCGCUCUGAUCAAGUGUUUGUGGACGUGGCGACGCCGACGACCGGCGAGAAGCUCCUCGUCGACGUGCCCAAGAUGACGCUCGAGUGGACGCACAUCACCAAGACGGUCCAAGUUAAGCCGCCAGGCGCCAAGUCGACAGUCGACAAGGUCGUGCUCAACGAUGUGCACGGGUCGGCGACCGCGGGCGAGUUUGUCGUGCUCAUGGGUCCAUCCGGCGCCGGCAAGUCGUCGCUCCUCGACAUCAUUUCGGGUCGCCAGUCGGCCACGUCCGGGUCUGUCCUCGUCAACGGUGCGCGCUGGUCCAAGGCGUCGGCCAAGCACGCGUCCUACGUCAUGCAAGACGACGUCUUUUACGAGACGCUGACGGUCGAAGAGCACCUUUUGUACCAGGCCGAAUUGCGCAUGGGCAAGCUCUUCAACACGUCACAGCGCCAAGCCCGCGUCGACUUUGUCAUCCAGGAGCUCGGUCUCGGCAAGUGCCGCAACGCGCCAAUCGGCGGCGACAAGAUCCGCGGCAUCUCGGGUGGCGAGCGCAAGCGUCUCAGUUUCGCGACCGAGAUUCUGACCAACCCGUCGCUCCUCUUUGCGGACGAGCCGACUUCAGGUCUCGACUCGGUCAUGGCCGAGUCGGUCGUGCUGCAGCUGCGCCAGCUCGCGCGCGAAGGCCGCACGGUCAUUGCGACGAUCCACCAGCCGUCGUCCGAGCUCUUCCCGCUCUUUGACAAACUCUAUUUGCUCACGGAGGGCGAGACCGUCUACAACGGUCCAGCGUCCGAAGCCGUCGCGUACUUUGCAGCGCAAGGCCACGCGUGUCCUAACUACAUGAACCCAACCGACUUUUUCAUGCGCCAGAUCAUCCAAGCCGAUGGCACCGACGCAUCCAAGGCCCGCGUCCAAGCGCUCGUGAAAGCGUGGUCGACGCACUUGACGACGGCGCCAGCGUCGUCCGAGUCGAGCAACGAAGCAUUCGACGACGACGACGACAACGGCUACACGCAGACGCACAUGGGCCUCAUGGGCCAGCUCCGCGUGCUCACCAAGCGCAACGUGACGCGGCUCGUCCGGGACAAGAUCGCGUUUGGCGCGCGCCUCGGCCAGAGCAUCUUUACGUCCAUCUUCGCGGGCCUCAUCUUUUGGCAGAUCAAGAUGUCGCAGUCGGGCGUCCAGUCGUUCACGGGUGCGCUCUUCUUCGUCGCGAUCAACCAAAUGUUUGGCGCCGCGACGCCCGAAUUCAUCGCCGUGCCGAUGGAGCUCCCCAUCAUGCGCCGCGAGUACGACUCGGGUCUCUACCACGCGUGGGUGUGGUACCUCGCCAAGAACGUCAGCGAGCUCUUCUUCCAGCUCGUCUUUCCGCUCAUCUUUCUUCUGCCGCUCUACUUUAUGAUUGGCUUUGACGGGUCGGACGCGACGCUCUUCUUUAGCUUUUACCUCUUUAUCAUGCUCAUCACGAGUGCGGCGACGGCGCUCGGCUACAUGGUGUCGUGCAUCGGCAAGAACGCGGACGUGGCCAACAUCCUCGGCAUUUUGUUUCUGCUGCCCGGUGUCAUCUUUGGUGGCCUCUUCCUCAACUCGAACGACAUCCCUGUCUACUUUAAAUGGUGCGAGUUCAUUACGCCGCUCAAGUAUGGCUUCCGGGGCAUCUCACGCGCCUAUUGGAGCACCAUCAAGGACAUUCCUUGCAACCCGGGACAGACGUGCGCGGCGCGCAACGGCCACGACGUGCUCGUCAACCUCGGCUUGGACGGCGAGACGCUCUUGUACGACGUGGCCUUUAUGCUCUGGAUCAACGCCGCGUACCGUCUCGUGGGUCUCGCCGCGCUCUACCUCAAGGUCUACAAGCGCAUUUGA